GCUGACUACAAGCACAUGACCAGGCGUGUUUACACCUGCAGAGACUGAAAGAUACACAGCACCAAGGCAGAAAAAAACUCCUCUGCACACCGCAGGAAGAAGGAGAGGUUGUGUGGAGAGGUUAUUGUUCAGCGGACGCUUACAGGGACUUGCACCAGGCAGCCUCUUCUCAUCUUUAUUUCUGGAGAAAAGCUGCAUCCUUUGUCAUAGGCUCCAGGAAGCCAGCCCCCUCUGUCCAUCAUGGACGAGACCGAUGUUGAACAGGUGACCCUGGCUCUACUAGAUGCAGCCAUGGAUAAAGACUCUGAGGUGCAGGAACAGGUCAGAAAGUCUAUGUUGACCCUGGGAAAACAGCAGCCUGACCGAGUGUUGGCCAUGUGUCAGGACUAUCUCCUGAAACACCCAAAGUUGGCAGUGAGCCACAGAGUUGUAAUUCUUCAGACUAUUGAGCUGAUUGUGGGCUGCAGGAUAGAGGAGAUCAGUUACCCGAGGAUAAAGAGCAUCAUCUCUCUCGCCUCAGAGGAAAUGACACGAUCAAAGGAGGUUGUCCCUGAUUGGCAGCAGGCGGCCAGUAACAUCUUGGUUGCUGUGGGGAACAAACACAUUAACGACAUCAUGGAGGAGAUACUGAGCAAGUUUCAGCCUGGGCUCAUACCACACUUCUUUGUGGUUCAGACAUUAGCAAACCUCUCUGACUCCAACGUUUACGGCAUGGUGCCAUUCCUGAAUGCUAUUUUAGGCACCAUGUUACCCAUGCUGGGGAUGGCCAAACAGGACAAUAUGAAGUGGGUCUUUUCAUCUGCUCUGCUUCAUUUCAGUGACAGUAUCCUGGAGUACCUCGCCAACCUGGACAAAGCCCCAGACCCGACUGUCAGGAAAGACACAUUUUCCAGUGAAAUCUAUGCUGCCUUUGACAUCCUCUUUAAUUCAUGGCUACAAAGUAGAGAGUCAAAGUUGAGGCUAACAGUAGCUGAGGCGGUGGGCUCUAUGUGUCAUCUGAUGGCCAGCGAUAAACUGGAGGAGCAGAUUCCCAAACUGAUUCCCGCCAUCUUGUCACUGUACAAAAAAAACAACGAGCACUAUAUUAUCAGCAAGAGUCUGUGCCAGGUUCUUGACGCUUCUCUCAACAUGGGCAGCAGGGUGUUGGAGACACAGCUAGAUAGUCUGCUCUUUGCACUUCACCAACAGGUGUCCGCCCCUGUUGAUUACAGUAACCCUCCUACUGUCAAAAAUCACAACGAGGUCCUUCGCUGCUUCAGCUUACUAGCUAAUGCCUUCCCAGACCGUCUGGUGAUGUUUGUUCUCCAGAAGUUGGAGAAUAGUAAUGAACGCAGCAGAGUUGGCUCCUUGGCUGUUCUUCGUCACCUCAUCAACUCCAGCACUUCAACAAUGGAGAGUAAGAAGCUGCUGAUUCUGGCCAGUAUCAGACAGCCAAUGGCUGACCACAGCAACAAGGUGAAGAAGCGAGUAGUUCAGGUGAUCAGUGCGAUGGCUCAUCAUGGCUACCUGGAGCUGGAGGGAGGGGAGUUACUGGUUCGAUUCAUAGUUCAACACUGUGCCUUACCUGACACAUAUCAGCGAGGCCAGAGGCCCACAGAUCCGGAGGAAGUGACUAAUGAGGCACUGAGGACAAUGUGUGACAACACCUUACAUCUCCUGACGACGACUGUUGGACGUCUAGCCGAUGUGCUGUGGCCAAAGCUGCUGUACUAUCUGACUCCUGCACAGUACAGUAACGCAACCACUCCUCUGUGUAAGAGUCUGAUUGUUCUUGGCACCAAGAAGAAAAGUAACCAGGAACCCAGCUUUAAAAUAGACUUCACACAAGAAGUUAACCUGCCAUCUCCUCAAACUCUAAUGAUCAGACUGCUGGUGAAUUCAGCAUUCCCGUUUCAUGGUAGAGGUCAUGGCGCUCCGUCCCUCUCUCUCCUUCAGAUUCUCAGCGUUAACAUUCACCCGAAUACAGAAAUACUGUGGGAGAAAGAGAUCCCACCUCUGCUGUCAGUGAUAGAGGAGUCGACUGCAGAUAGCCUGGAUAAGAAGCAGUGGGAUGAAAAGUUGCUAAAGCUCUUGUCUAAAACCCUGGACACAAUAGAUAACGAUAAGUGGGUGUGCCAGUUAGCAGCUGAGGCAACAAGAUAUCUCCCCACGUAUAACAACGCAUUAGAGGAGAAGAGUUUCCUGUAUCGGUGUAUUGGAGUGACUCUCCAACAGUGUUUCAAUAAGGAGCUGGUUAAAAAGCAGCUGCAGGAAAUCCUCCUCACAGCUCGUCACAGUGAUGCCAUCGAGCGAGAGGGAGUUGCGAUGGGUGUUGGUCUUUGUGCAAACAGCCACUUGGAGGGAACUCUGGCCAAACUGGAUGAGUUUGGAAAAUCAGAUGCCUUCAAGAAGUCACCAAGCAUUUUUAACCUGCUUAAAGAGCGUAAUGAUGUGGAGAUAGAGAAAGUAAAAAGCACACUAAUCUUGUGUUAUGGUCAAGUUGCUCUAAAUGCACCUCCAGAGAAGAUACUGAACCGCAUCGAUCAAGAAAUCCUUCGCUGUAUCAGUAAACACUUCAACACCAAGGUUCUUGGGAUUAAAGUAGAGACAAAGGACCUAACGAUGAAGCUCAGUUUGGUCCAGAGUGUCGGGCUCAUAGCCAGGGCGAUCAGAGAGUGUGUGAAGAAACAAGGCUACGUCUUCUCUCGCAAGCAGGAGCUCAUUAACGUCAUGCUGGAUUUUAUCAAGGCAGAGCCUGCUGAUACAUUGAGGACUCCUGUUCGCCAUCUUGUGAUGACUACAUGCUCCAACCUCAUGCCUCUGGAUCCCGCUCUGAGUGAGAACGAGAGCUUUGACUUACUGAAGGUGUGUGUGAACAGUGUGAUGUCUCUGCCACCUGAGACCAGCACCCCAGAGAAAACUAAAGAGGACGAGAUCCUGGACCCUAAGCAGAAAAAGGAUUUGUACAGAGAUACCUUUGCUGCUCUGCAGGAGCUGCUGAAAAGCGUCCUGGCCAAAGAUCCCACACCUGACGGCCUGCAGAGUGUCUUCAAGCACAUUGAAUCUUGGUUGAGCUCUAGCAAUGACCAUGAGAGAGAGAGAGCUGUCACUGCCACCGCUCACAUCCUGGCUAACUUCCUGGAUAACCUGACUGUCAAGAACAUGGUCUCUUUCCACAACCUCGGAGCUCUGCUGGGUCGACUGUCUCCUCGAUGUUCUGACCCUAAUCUUGCUGUGCGCACUGCUGCUGUCGACUGUAUUUACACUCUGCUUUAUAUACAGCUACGCUAUGAAGGUUUCUCCUUGGACUAUAAGGAUGAAGCUGUGGACAGUCUGUUACCCCUGAAAGACCAGCUUGAAAACCCAGACCACUCAGUUUUAUACAAGACCUGCUCUGACCUCACCAAGGUGAUGAGUAAGCGUCUGCCUCACGAGCAGCUCUCUACCUUGGUGUUCAUGCUGUUUGAAGGACUCGUCGACAGUCAGGCAAACUGCUGCAGAGCGUCAUCUGUCAUCCUGAACACUCUGCUGAAGAACAGAGGGGGAGGACUUCAGGAGCAGGUUCCAGAGAUGUUGGAGGUGCUUCAUUCCCGUCUGCAGAGCAUCACUGAGGAGCAGGUGAGAGUGGCAGCAGGACAGACGGUACUCAUCCUGGCUUCUCAGCAUCUUCAGACUGUGAUCAACGCACUCAUAAACCAACCACUCCCCUAUGACAGCUGGAUCAGCGAGAUGUGGAUGGCCUUGGGGGCAGAUCCCAUUGUAGCCAAUCAGAUCAUUGAGAUGGUGAUGGAGAAGCUCGUCAUCAUGCCGCCGUAUGUAGACAAGAAAGAGUCGAUGAUGAGAGGAGGGAUGACAAAGAUGGCCACCAGUCAGCCUCUAGCUAUGACGUGCGGACUCAAAGAGCUUUUAUUAAAUGGUCAAAGUCAGGAGCCAGCAGUCAGCAUGUUUCCUCAGCUCUUCUCCUGUCUCACUGUCAGACUGGGAGCAAGUGUCGGGGUCUGUGCACCAAAAGAUAACAAUAAAAACGCCUCCUCUGUCCAUGUAGCAGGGGUAGCCGCUGAUGCACUUCGAAUCUUGUUAGCACGAGCCCAAUUAGAUGAAGUGAUGAAGAGGCUGGAUGAAGAUAACGCCUGGGAAGCAAUGAAGGAACAAAAUACACACAUCAGUGGAGUUACUCUUCUGGCACGGGCGAUGGCGAAGCAUGCAGGUCCCAGGUUGCCCGCCAUUGUGGAGUGUCUGUGUCCCUCUCUGAACAACAUCUACGAAUGUCAGAGAAUCACUGUCACAGCUUUCUUUUCUGAGCUCUUAAACCACCAUGUAGUGACGGAGCUGAUGCUGAUAGAUGUCUUAAUGAACAACAUGAUGGAGAGGAUAUCAGAUCCUUGCUGUACUGUCCGUAUGUUGGCUGUGCGGGGACUGGGCAAUAUAGCUGAGGGAUCACCUGAGAAGGUGAAUAAGUAUGCAAAGGAGCUGCUGGCAGCCAUGAGCUCAGGCAUGGAGGAGAAAGAUGAUCCAGGUAAACUGAUUACGCUCGAAGCUAUGUCGGGCCUUUCUAAAGUCCUCCUCUAUCUGGACAAGAAGAACGUCCAUUUACUGGUGGUUUACAUCUUCAUGAAAAUAAAACCUUUCCUGGAAAGUGACAAUGAUGAGAUCCGCUGUGCCUCCAUCCAUCUGAUGGGAAACCUGUCCAAGUUUGGCUCAGGAGAGGCCGUGUUCAAAGAUCAGAUCCACAAUGUUCUGGUCAGCUUGCUGUUACACCUGGUAGAUCCAAACCCACAGGUGGUCAAGGCUUGUAAGUAUGCGAUGCGGGUUUGUGCUCCUGUGGUGGGCUCAGAGCAGAUCACGGCCAUGUUUCAGAAUCACCUCCAUGAAGACAAGAGCUUGCACUAUGGAGAGUUCAUUAACGACCUCACAAAGUACCUGAUUCAGGAUUUUCCUGGCAUGUUGAACUUUUAUCACAUCUCAGUUAUCCAGUUCUUCAAAAGCAACUGGCACGAAGUCCGAGCAGGAGCAGCCAUGUUUAUUGGGUUUCUGCUGGGGAAUCUUUCAGAGGAGCAUCUCUCCCACCUCAACAUGGGAACCAUCACUAAAGGUUUAGUGAUGCUGCUCCAGGAUCCAGAUCCUGUGGUGAGAGCGAAGGCUGCUGAGGCCAUGGGUCAUUUCCACUGACACACUUAAAGACAAAUACACACAUCUCAGUAGAUAACCACUACAAGAAAAGUAAAACCAACACCAAAAGAACCGGAGCCAGAGUAAAGUGAAACAGCCAAACUCAAAGAUUCAUCAAUGUUAUGAUAUCACUCAGAAAAAACACUAUUAAUAGACAUUCAUACACCCAAAUGCACUUAUAUUAAGCUGUUAGAAGUUUUUGUGUAGCUUCUUUUAACUAAAGUACUUGAAAGAGAGUGUUAAUUCUUGAUUUUAUGUUAGUGACCAAAGACUGUGCUCCUCUCCUCAGAAAGAAACGUGUGUAGCACUUAGAAAUGUGUCAGUGUUACGAUACCAGAGAUAUACUGUGGUGUACAUAUGAAACAAAACGUCCAUCCUAGUGUUUAUAAUGUAAAACAGAUUGAAUGGAAGGUUAAAGUUUUUAGAGAGUAAAUAUAGUUUCUUCAGAUAAUACAUAUAGAUGAAAAUGACAUUUUAAGUAAAUAACAGCUUCAGUGUGCUUGUUUGUGUGUAAUGUCAUACCAGCAUUUUGUGACUGUGGAUGUCAGAUUCUAGUUUCACAUCAUCAGUUUCAGAAAUUAGGUACAGUGGGCCAGGUAUUUAAAGAUGUUUCUUUAGAAGAGCAUGGUGUCUUUCUUUUCAAAACAGCUAGACAUACGGUUCCUCCAGUAAGACUUCCAAAUACACUAAAAAAGCCAAAUGUAGGACAAAGACUGAUGGUUACAUUCAGGAUAUUCACUUACAUAUAGAUAAUAAAAGAUAUAAUAAAUAAAUAUUUGAUUUUAGACCAACCUUUGGAGCUGUUUGACAUGUGAACAGAGAUUAGACCAUAAUAUCCAUUAACUGUACCUCUUUUUUAAGUCAUUAUGGCACUCAGUAAGUUUACAUGCCCAUACAAGUUAUGACUACAGCCUGAUUAGGGUUUUUAACUGAACUACUACUUUCCCUGUCCUAGUAUGGAGGCUAUGCUAUGCUCUCUGCCGUUUCAGCUGCUGAGUAGCAGAAAUCAGUAGGGAUUAAACAGUAAAGAGCGUUAUUUCAGAUAAAAAUUACUGUCUUUUUUUAAAUAAGUGCAUCUCGAUGAUUGGUCAGAAAAGAUCUCCAGCUGAUGAAAUCAUUUUAUAGAAAUGUUUGGAGUAGCAACAGUUUGUUCAUAGAGAUGCAAGAUGAAGCUAGGCUAUCACAAUAGCUGCAGCAAACAUUCAGUUAUUGAUAAAUAUGAUAUGAACCUUUCUCCAUUAUCCUUCCUCUUGCCUUAAAGGAAUAAAUAAAUAAAGCAGCCUUUUUGAAUUAACCUGAUUUGUAUUUGGUGAAAUAUUGAAGUGAUUUCCAUGAACGCUUCAUGAAGUGAAUGUAUCUGACACUUUACAGUUUAUACAAUGUAAUUUGAAAGUUUAGAGUUGUGAAUUUUUCCCAUUAGGAAUAACAUAAAGGUUGAACUAGAUUAAGUAGACAGCCAGCGAUGCUCGUCUUGUUUUAAAAUACGCUACACCCAGGAUUUUAUAAACAGAUUCAACAACCACAGACCAAUCAGAUAUGUUAAAGUAAAACAAAGUAAACGAAACACUGAAAUAUGGAGAUACGGCUUAUCUAAAGCUUCAUAUUACCAAAACUUUUGAUGUUUUAUGUUAAUUCAGUUUCAUAUCCAUCACUGAUGAACCAGGCUGAUGUGUGCCUUUCAUCUCUGCUUCAAGUACUUAAAAACAGGUCCAUAUAAAUGUCCAGAAACAUCAUUUAUGGCGACAUAUAAAUGUCAACAGUCCACUGUGUCUUUAGGAAACUGUAUGGAUCCUGUCGAGUCCAAACAUUCCUAAUUUACAAGGACCUUAGUCGAUUUUCUUCCCGUUUUCAUCCGUUCCUGAUUGAGCAGAAUACUGUGUUUCAGACCAUUUUGCCACUCAGCCCGGCUGAACAGUCAUGUCGUGUGCUAAAAGUGAUGUCAGUGCGUCCCCUCUACAAAGACGAGCAAUAGCAAUAUGCCCCCUUUCAGAUAGUUACGACUGGUCCUUGACACAGUUGACCUUGCUUACAAGGCCUGUGUUUAUACCGGAUGGGCACACAGUUGACCUUGCUGAGGACAACCAGAUUUCAGGUAUGCUUAGCACUUUUACUAGGGACACACACUGUCAGCCAGUUACACAGUUAAAGCUGGAUCUCUUGGUAGUUGGCACCACAACCACAAGGCAGUUAAACUACUUUUUGACAUUUUCAGACCCGCAAUCCCAAACGCCUCAUGUAAACUGUAACCCAGCCGCCCACCUGUGGCAGACCUGUGGCAGUCCUGUAGCUGUGAUUAUGGGGACUGCCCUGCUGCAGCAAUGCUUUUUAAUCCAAUACAGUACCUUAGUGAAGUGAUUGGAUUCAUAGCACCUUGCAGGAACAGGGCAUCAUAGGACUAUUUUAAUCUAAAAAUGGGGAUAAAGUUGUCCAGAGGCUGUGUAAGAUUGCACUCACAUAUAAGAACCAAGAUACACCGUCAUUCAUACUGCUCAACUUCUGGGUUGAAUUGAGGUGUAAGCAUGCAAGAAUAAACUAAUCUUCUAAAUUUGAGAAAUAUGAUUUAGUGCAAUUCCAGCUGUGCAAACAUGUUUGAAUGUAUUUCAAGAGUUCAGUUUUAGUCUGACAUUCUCUUACUGCAUGUAAAUGUAUUGACUGUUCUCAUAUCACUGCCACUGCGACAUUCAAAUGGUGACACAGGAAACCUCCCGUUAUACUAAGUAAUAAUUACUUGUGUCUAGGUCAGACAGCCUCUGUGACUGCUCUGUUUCUUCCACACAUAUUCAUUUUCACAUCCUAGGUCACAGCAGCGCUCAGCCUUUUAAUUAUUUCAGCUGUAAUAAACACAACAGCUACAAAACCAUUUCAGAUUGGGGACCAGUCCACCCCAGUAGAGCAGACCAGUUUGUUUCAGUGUGUUUACACAGAUCAGGCCAGUGUAGCCGUGAUUAAAAAUGUGCCAAAUGUUUCUAGACAGAUAUGAAACCAAUAUAAGAUGCUCUUUUAGAUUUGUUCUCUUAUGUUGAAUGCACUAAAUGUUGUAAUUAUUCCAUUAUAUGCUUGUACAGUCUUAAGCCUCUUAUUAUCGUGUAAAUAUUUAUGAGUGUGAAUACUGUAAGGAUGUCUGUACUACAUGUUACUUUAUCAAUAUUCAUUCACUCAAAGAGGAAACAGAAAAAAAAACAUUUAUCUGCCUUCUUAUCAUUCAUUUGGAGACACAAAAUCACAUAAAGAUUCAGAAGAAGAAAGCAAUAAUUAGUUGUAAUGUUUUUAUAUUUCUGUUGCACUUUGGAGCUCUGCCUUACAUCAGUGAUGUUUAAACAUACCUGGAGCUGAUUGAUUGGAUGAUUUAACUCUUAAUUUCCUCACAUGUUGAGAACAUUUGAUUUAUUUUCCUUAGACCACUGAAAACAAUCUGUUUGGUUCUUUUAAUUGUUUCAGGAAACAAGAAGCCAGUGGUUUCCAAAUUUCACAAAUCAGUAGAGAAAAUUGAUCAGUGUAUUAAAUAUGAAAGGCCUGCCUUUAUGGGCUCAUCGUUUUUGCACUUCAACGCUGUGGCUUGUUUUAGGGUGAAUGUUAGAUAUUAAUUCAUGAGCAUUUUCUUCUUUGUUCAAGCUGAUAUGAACUUUUUGUGAUUGGUGUGAUUUUUCAUGUCAUUGACUUGUUUUUUUAAUAUGUUGGAUUUUUGUUAUGAAUGUCUCAGUAUGAAUGAAACAUGAAGGUACGGCUCUUUAUGUGAACGUUUGCAUGUCACUGCUGUGUGUAAGUGGAUCAGAGGAGAGUGUGUCUGAUGGUAAUCAGUGUAUUUAAAAUGAAGAAAUAAAGA